GGAACAAAGUGAAGAAUAAAUAAGAGAGUUGUCAAAAGGCUGUAGCAAAGCCCAUCUCAUCUCACAAACGGACGAUCCGAAGAACAACACUAAACACACAGAAAAGAGAGAAGAGGGAAAAAAACCCCACUUUCAUUUCUUUCUUUCUCCGUGCAAAGAAUCAAUCUUUUUUCGUUUCUCUGCAUAAAGCUGAUUACUUUUCUUAUAAUGAUGGGAAGGGAAAACUCUUAGGGAGCAAUCUGUUUGUCAUCAAUCAGAAAGUUGUUCGCAGCUGCUGGUGGUGGUGUUUGUUUUCGUUUUCGCUUUUUCUUUGCAUCUCUAUCUCUCUCUCUCUCUCUGAUAAAGACGACUCCUUUAGUGGGAGGUUUUUGUUAAUCGUUUCUCUGUUGGGGGGAAUCCAUUUUGAUAAGGCAGGUACGAGUGAGCUGGUUUGGUGUGUUGAUCAACAGGGGAAGGCGAUCUUUUCAUUUGAUUAGAGGGGGAAUCUGAGAGCUUGUGUGGCCAUGGCGGUGGCUGAGAAUGGUGGGGUCAAAGAAGGGGUGGCGGCGAGUCAGAAUUUUGACGCUACUCUGGCGUCAUCGGAGGCAAACGGUGGAUCGAACACUGCGGAGAGCACAAAACCCAUGAACGAAUCUUUGGUCGGGGGAGCGAAUUCUCAGUCUCAGAGCGAUGAUCGGGGGGCGAUCGUUGGGAAGUGCGACCAAGAAGAUCAUACGGAUGAGAUGGCGGCGGCGGCGGAUGGUUUAACCGCCGGGGAGAAAGGUGGGGCCCAGAUGGGGAAUGGGUUUGAUGGUGGGUAUGGAGGAAGUGGUGAGAAUCAGAUGAAUUUUGGGAAAUCUAAUGGGAGUAAUGAGAUGAGGGAGUUAGUGGAGAUGUUGUCCAAGCUGAAUCCAAUGGCUCAGGAGUUUGUACCUCCUUCUCUUGUCAACAAUCAUGGCAACGUUUUCGGCAACGGCGGAUUCAAGAAUCCGAACAAUUUUGGAAUGCUUAAUCCCAAUGGGAAUCCUAAUGGAAUGAUCAAAAGGAAGAACAAUUUUAAUCAGGGAAGGAGAAGAACCAAUGGUGGCAGGAGGAGUAUGGCUCAGAGGGAAGAAGUAAUUAGGAGGACUGUAUAUGUGUCUGACAUCGACCAGCAGGUUACUGAGGAGCAGCUGGCAGGUCUAUUUCUUCAUUGUGGACAAGUUGUUGAUUGUCGUAUAUGUGGUGAUCCUAAUUCAGUUCUUCGCUUUGCGUUCAUUGAAUUUACUGAUGAAGAAGGUGCAAGGGCUGCUAUAACUUUGUCUGGGACUGUGCUUGGAUAUUAUCCACUAAGAGUGUUGCCUUCUAAAACUGCAAUUGCACCUGUUAACCCGACAUUUUUGCCAAGGUCUGAAGAUGAACGAGAGAUGUGUGCUAGAACAGUGUACUGUACUAAUAUAGAUAAGAAGAUUACCCCAGGGGAUGUGAGACUUUUCUUUGAAUCUUUCUGUGGAGAGGUUCAAUGUUUGAGGCUUCUUGGAGACUAUCAUCAUUCAACUCGUAUUGCUUUUGUUGAGUUUGCAAUGGCUGAGAGUGCAAUUGCUGCUCUAAACUGCAGUGGUGCUCUUCUGGGAACCUUGCCCAUAAGGGUAAGCCCGUCGAAGACGCCAGUUCGCCCUCGCUUUCCCAGACCACCACCUCUGCACUGAAGAGGAUUGAGAUGGACUGUCUUCGUCGGAAUUCGAUGCUCUACUCAAGCUCAUGAUGGAGCUGGGUGAUCCAUAGAAAAUAUCUGUCUGGUUAAAUUAUAGGAGCUGAGAACAUUUCAAAGAUGAUUUCUUUCUUUCCCUUCUCCUCCUCGAUCUUUGAUCUUUGUUUUUUUUUUUUUAUGUUGUUGGUUGGUAUCUCAGACUAGACUGGCACUCUUUUCUCAAACAACCCACAAGGGUUGCGGAAAUUCAUGGGUUAUUAUGGUUGUUGAGAUGCUGAUAUAUGUCAAUAGAGUUGGAUGGGGAUUUUGAGGAUCCAUGUGAAUAGCUUCUUCUCUUUUCUCCUCUAAUGAUUAGGCUGCAGCAAUCUAGAGUAAAGAUAUUUUGCUGAAAAUUUGCAGGUUUAUGUGAAUCCUGUGGCAUAAU